AUGCGCUUUGCCGAGAAGCAAACUCCAGCGUACCGAAUCCAUACCAGUGUCGGUGCUCCAUUGCACUGCGGUCAGAGCUAUCCAAAUGGACUGUACAGCCAGCAGCAAGUGGCUACUAAUCAGGCACAUCCUUACGAGUUUCCCUGGAUUGUGGCGUUCUUUGAGCGGCAAAUAUUUUUGGGUGGCGGCUCCUUGGUCACCGAGAAUUGUGUGCUGACCGUCGCUCACCUGCUGGUCAACAAAACAAAGGAGUCGUUGGUAGUCAAAGCUGGGAUUUGGGACUUGACUGCCCCUAACAGCCGCUAUGUGGAGCAAAGGAGAGUGGCACGGAUCGUUCUGCAUUCGGAGUUUGAGUACUUCAGGCAGUCUGGGGCAAACAACUUGGCGCUGAUCGUCCUAGAGUCUUCGUUUCAGGCGAAACCUCACAUCGGAUUCAUCUGCCAGCCCGUCCCAGAGGCGACCUUUGAUCACCAACGCUGCUUGGUAUCCGGUUGGGGUAAACUUACGCAAAAGGAUACGGAGCUUUCGCACCGUCUAAAGAGAGUUUCCCUGUCCAUUGUGGAUAGGGCUACGUGCCAGGUUCGACUGAGGAGAACAAGCCUGGGCAGGGAAUACCAGCUCCAUCCCAGUUUAAUCUGCGCGGGCGGAGAGAGGGGCAGGGAUGCCUGCAAGGGCGACGGCGGAUCUCCAUUGAUGUGUCCCAUAGCCGGGCAUCCCACGCAAUAUGAGUUGGUUGGCGUUGUCAACAUUGGCGUGGGAUGCGGUCAGCCUGAUGUACCUGGUCUAUACACUAGCGUUGCACAGUUGAAGCCGUGGAUAGACAAUGUCCUAAACGAUGACACAAAUUCGGCUUUCAAACCAUUUCCCACAUACGAUGUAAUAUUGUAA